AGGGGAUUCCAAACAAAACUUAAUCCAUGUUUCUACUCUCCUGCAGUGUGUGAUGAACUGUUGGGAUUGUUCUCCAAGGACGUGGCUGGAAAUGACCAGUUUUCAGCAUCCUCGUCACAGAGUGUUGCCUUUGAGGCUUACCAGGCUCGACUGUUCAACACACACUCAGGGCAGGACAAUGGGGGUGCAUGGGUUCCCAGAAACUCUGACGAAUCACCUUAUAUUACAAUCACCUUAAAAACUCAAGAGAUGCUAACUGGCAUAGCCAUGCAAGGACAACCAGAUGCCGCCCAGUGGGUUACAAAGUACAACAUUGCCACCUCAGCUGAUGGAACAAAUUUUGUGCCUUACGCUGAUAGAGAUGAUACCCAGCCAAAAGUCUUUACUGGCAACUAUGACAGCAACACUGUUGUAAAGGGAUUCUUCGACCGUGAAGUUCCUGCAAUGGCAGUUAGGAUUUUCCCUGUGAGCUGGCAAGGAGCUGUUGCCAUGCGACUUGACCUGCUGACCUGUAAUGGUGCGGCUACACUAGAGCCACCUCUAGGACAAUCUACACCCAGUGCUGUUUCUACUCAAAGUCCCCCUACCCUGUCGCCUCCAUUUACCCAUUCACCAGAUAUACUGUGCAAUGUUCCAAUGAAUGUUGACCUGCCUGGACUUUUAACUGACUCCCAGUUAACUGCAUCAAGCAGCUCCUCAUCCCAGACGUCAGCAUCAGAUGGACGACUUCGUGGAAGUUCAUCUUGGAUUCCUGCAGUUGCUGACAGGAACCAGUGGCACCAGGUAGAUUUCCUGACACCCCAAAACCUGUCAGGUGUCCUCACACAGGGCAGUCCCAAUGCAGAGAAAUGGGUGUCAACUUUUACAGUCAGCACCAGCAUGGAUGGCUACACUUUCUACCCAGUGCGUGGGGAUGAUGGGAACAUUGUUGUUUACAAUGGCAACACAGACAAGGAUUCUGUCAUCAGGAAUUACUUCCCUCAUGUUGUAGUUGGCAGAUACGUGCGUGUCGUACCUUUAAGCUGGGCACCAAACGGCCCAGGCCUGAGACUCAACUACAUCGGCUGCUACUUUAUGAACAAUGUGCCCUCAGUGCCCACCGUGCCUUUCUUCGUCCCAGAAACAACUCUGAGCCCACCACUUUACUCCACACCAGUCAACUACAGCCCAACACCAACACCAGUCACUCUCAUUUUCCCACCAGUUCUCUCCCCUAUGUGUACCAAGGAGAUGGGUCUACAGAAUCAGAGGAUCAUCAGAGACUCCCAGAUUUCUUCCUCUUCAAGCCAAAUUAACCAUGGGCCUGAGCUCGCCAGAUUGUCUGACAGCUAUUACCAGGGAUCCUGGAUGCCAAGAAAUAAUGAUACAGCACCCUACAUCCAGGUAGACUUCCAGGAACUGAAAUACCUCUCAGGUAUAGUGACACAAGGUGAGGGGGUGCAGGAGAAGUGGGUCACCGAGUACCAGGUCUAUACCAGCGUUGAUGGUCAGAACUUCAUCCCCUACUCGGAAAAACAAGAUGGCGUCAUCAAGGUUUUCAAAGCUAAUGUGGACUCCAACUCUGCUGUGACGAAUAUGUUUGUCCAGAAUCUGAUUGCCAGAUACAUCCGGAUAGUUCCAGUUAGCAGUCACAUGCGUUUUGCUAUGAGAUUUGAUGUUCUUGGAUGCAAUCCAUCUCAAGAAAAUCCUGAUGUAACCACCCGUGUUCCACUGUAUACCACAAUCAAAACCACCACAGCAGUUCCCACCCUUCCUCCUGGUCAAUCCACACAGAGCACACAUUCAACCCUGGCACCACCAACUGUGACAACUCUUCCAACACCUAAAGCAUGUUUGAUUCCAAUGGGCUUGAGUGACCGUUAUGUAAUAACCAAUGAACAGCUGACCUCGUCUUCUAACCUGGACAGUUCACACGCUGCCUAUGAUGGCAGGCUGCACAAUCUUGUCUCCGCGACAUCAGGUGGCUCAUGGAUACCCAGCACCAAUUCACAAGAAUGGAUCAUGGUUAACUUCUUAGAGCCUAAACUUCUAUCAGCGCUAACAACACAAGGCAGCCCAGACUCCAGUCGUUGGGUAGAAAAGUUCAACGUCUACUACAGUCUGAAUGGUGUGGACUUCACACCUUACACAGAGUUCCCUGGUGACCAGACACCUUACCUGUUCAGUGGUAACACAGACAGUACAACACCUGUGAGGAAUUUAUUCAACCGUGACAUUGUCGCCCAGUACCUGAAGAUUGUUCCAGUCAAAGCGUCCCCCGCGGGAGUGGGUCUGAGAUUUGAUGUCCUGGGUUGUCAGCCAAGUUUGCCACCAGAAAAAACUACAAUCCCAACACCUCCUCCAUUGGUCACUGGCUCAACCCCAAGUCCAGGCACUGGACCAACGCUUGCACCAACCACACCUCCAACAAUAAACUGCGACCUUUCCAUGGGUAUUACAAAUCCUCUUGUAAUUCCCGACAAUCAGUUGACUGCCUCCAGUUCACUAGAUGUGUUCCAUAAUCCAUCUAGAGGCAGACUGGACCAACAUAAGGAUGGGCUACUAGCUGGAGCUUGGUCACCCAGCCUGACAGACACAGCUCCUUACAUCCAAGUAAACUUCCUCUCACCUUAUGAGAUCUCCGGAGUGACCACUCAAGGCAGCCCUGACCAGCCAUCUUGGGUCACCAAGUACAUUGUGUACUACAGUAAUGAUGGGGCCAACUUUCAGCCUAUACUAGACAAGUCUGACACCCCCAUCGUAUUUAACGCCAACACUGACCAAUACACACCGGUGACCAACUUUUUCCCAACUACAUCUGCCCAGUACAUUCAAAUCCGACCAACAGAUUCCCAUAAUGCGAUUGCAUUAAGAUUUAAUCUGUUUGGGUGUAACACGCCUACCCCAACACCCAUUCCUCCAGCGUAUUCUACACAAUCUCCACCUUUGAUUGUGUCUGGUGUUACAACACUCCAGCCAAGCCCAGGUGUAUUUGGAAGCACUCUUUCACCUCCCACACCUUUUGUUCCAAUUCCAGAAACAGUUUGUAAUAUUCCAAUGAAUGUGGAUCGCCCAUCCAUGGUAUCCAACAGCCAGCUGUCAUCAUCCAGUGAUCUGAGCCCAGAGACUUCAGCAUCCCACGGGAGAUUGGAUAGUCAGCUUUCAUCAUGGAUGCCUGCUAUCGCUGAUAAAUAUCAGUGGCACCAAGUGGAUUUCAUGACACCCCAGAAUCUGUCCGGCGUACUGACCCAGGGCAGCCCAGAUCUGGAGAAGUGGGUCUCCUCCUUCACUGUCAGCACCAGCUUGGACGGCUACACUUUCUACCCUGUCCGUGGUGCUGAUGGCAGAGUGCUUGUUUUCUCUGGGAAUACUGACAAAGAUUCAGUGAUGAGAAACUAUUUCCCUCAUCUCAUUGUUGCCAGAUAUGUUCGACUUGAACCACUGACCUGGGCUCCCAAUGGAAUAGGCCUGAGAUUAAAUUACAUCGGCUGUUUCUCCUCUCUCGUUCCGACCCCAAGACCCACAGUGCUGUUCCAGAUGGACAUACCAACACUGCCACCAGGAGUUACAACUACUGCUGGCACUCCUACAUUGUCUCCUCCAGUGGUAUUUGUACCUUUCAAAGAACCAUUGUGCAGUAAAGAAAUGGGCUUAAAGAACCAAAGGAUUGUUGAUGAUACACAGAUAACAGCUUCGUCCAGUGCAAGUGGUCAUGAGCCUCACUUGGCACGGCUUUCUGAUGCUGAGUACCAGGGUUCUUGGAUGCCAGGAAUUGACGAUGAUGGACCCUACAUUCAGGUGAACUUCAGAGAAUUAAAAUACCUGUCAGGUGUUACAACCCAGGGUGAGGGUAGAGAAAACAAGUGGGUCACUGAGUACAAAGUCUACUUCAGCGUUGAUGGUGUCGACUUCUACCCCUACUCUGAAAAACAAGAUGGAGUAGUCAAAGUGUUUUCAGCAAACUCUGACACCAACACACCAGUCUCCAACUACUUUGUGAACAACGUCCUUGCUCAGUACAUUCGUAUUGUACCAGUGGGUAGCCACAUGGGAUUUGCCUUGAGGUUUGAUGUUCUUGGCUGCAACCCAUCCAAAGAAAACCCCACAGUUACUGUACGCCCAACACUGUACCCACCAAUGGAAACUACCACAAAAACCAGCACAGCUGCACCUACUUUACCCUCUGGGCAGACAAGGGAAACAACACUUGUUCCAACCCCUGGAACCACAGUUAUCCUUCCUCCUCAAGUGUGUCUGACUCCUAUGGGUUUGAGUAACCAUUACCAAGUAGCCAAUGAGCAGCUGAGUUCCUCAUCCAAUCUUGAUGCUACUCACACAGCAGCAGACGGCAGACUUUACAACAGUGUUUCCAGCACUUCUGGUGGAUCCUGGAUUCCUGGCCCUGGUACACAGCAGUGGAUCACAGUCAACUUUGAGGAGCCAAAGCUAAUAUCUGGUGUAGUGACUCAAGGCAGUCCAGACUCCCCCAGAUGGGUAGAGAAGUUCAACGUCUACUACAGCCUGAAUGGGAAGGACUUUACCCCUUACACUGAGUAUCCAGGGGAGUCAACACCUUACCUGUUCACUGGAAACACAGACAGUACAACACCUGUGAGGAAUUUAUUCAACCGUGACAUCAUAGCCCAGUAUGUGAAGAUUGUUCCAGUCCAGGCAUCACCUGCUGGUGUAGGCCUCAGGUUUGAUGUGAUUGGCUGCCAGCCUAAAGUGCCAGAAGUUAUUUUGGUGCCACCACCACUACAUUCAACAACACCCGGUACUGGGCCGACAUAUGCUUCACCAUCAGUUCCUACAGUCAUAACAUGUGACAUUCCUAUGGGAAUCACAAAUCCCAUGAUCAUUGGUGACAAGCAGCUGACAGCCUCAAGUUCACUGGACAUAUUCCAUGUCCCAUCAAGAGGACGUCUUGGCAUGCAUAAAGAUGGUUCAUUUGCUGGCGGGUGGUCUCCAAGCCUGACUGACCAAAACCCAUAUAUCCAAGUGGACUUCCUCUCACCUUACCAAAUCUCAGGUGUGACCACACAAGGCAGUGCUGACCAGCCAUCUUGGGUCACCAAGUACACUGUGUACUACAGCACUGAUGGGGUCAACUUCCAGCCUGUAGUGGACAGCACAAACAAACCUGUGGUCUUUAAUGGCAACACUGACCAGUACACCCCAGUGACCAAUUUCUUCCCCACCAUCUCAGCUCAGUAUGUCCAGAUUCGUCCAGUGGAGUCCCACAACUCCGUUGCCUUAAGGUUUAAUCUGUACGGAUGUAACACACCUUUCCCCACACCCAUGACACCAAUGUAUUACACCCCCACUCUGACACCAACUUUGGGAGUAUUCACUACACCCACACCUAGUGCAGGGUUGUAUGUCAGCACUGAGACACCACCCACACCUUUCCUAUUGAUUCCAGAAUUAUUGUGUAAUAUUCCAAUGAAUGUGGACCGUCCAUCUUUGAUGCCCGAUAGCCAGUUCUCUUCUUCAAGUAAUUCAGGACCUACAACAACAGCAUCUGACGGAAGACUAGAUAAGCUUUCAUCCUGGAUACCAGGGACUGUUGAUAGGCAUCAGUGGCACCAAGUUGACUUCCAGACACCCCAGAAUCUAUCAGGGAUUCUCACACAGGGCAGCCCAGAUGUGGAGAGAUGGGUCUCCUCCUUCUCUAUCAGCACCAGCAUGGACGGGUUCACAUUCUACCCCCUGCGAGGAAAUGAUGACAAUGUUAUAGUCUUCUCAGGCAACACUGACAAGGACUCAGUGAUCAGAAACUAUUUCCCUCGUGUGAUUGUUGCUCGUUAUGUCCGUGUUGAGCCACUGACCUGGUCACCCAAUGGCCCUGGACUGAGACUGAACUACAUUGGCUGCGUCUCAUCUGCUGUACCCACACCUCGGCCAACUGUUCCGUUCUACAUGGAGCCACCACCAAUCAUUAGUGGGACACCAACAGCACCCACCCUCACUGUCAGCCCUGGAGUCUCACAGACACCAACACCUGGGCCAUCAGAACUUUUGUGUAACAAGAAGAUGGGCUUACAGAACCAGAGAAUUGUCCAGGACUCCCAAAUCACAGCCUCAUCAAGUAAACCUUCACAUGGGCCAGAACUUGCCAGAUUGGCUGAAAAUGAAUAUCAAGGAUCCUGGAUACCAACCAAUGGUGAUGACAAACCAUUCAUCCAGGUCGACUUCAGGGAGCCUAAAUUCUUGUCAGGUGUAGUGACACAAGGUGAAGGUCAUGAAGACAGAUGGGUCACUGAGUACACAGUGUACACAAGUGUAGAUGGAGUGGACUUUAUUCCCUAUUCAGACAAACAGGACGGAGUAGCUCAAGUCUUUGCUGCAAACUUUGACAAAAACACUGCUGUUACUAAUUACUUUGUCAAGAACAUCAUAGCCCAGUAUAUUCGCAUUGUGCCUGUUGGCAGCCGAAUGGGAUAUGCUUUGAGAUUUGACGUCUUGGGUUGCAAUCCAUCAGAAGAAAAGAUUGACCUUGUCACUCGGCCUCCACUGUUCCCACCUGCAACAACAACAACUACUGCAGCGCCAUCUUUAAUGCCAGGCCAGACAACCCAGUCAACACUUUCUCCAUCAACACCAAAAGUUACAGAUAUUCCUCCACCAAAAGUUUGUCUGACACCCAUGGGAGUGAGUAGCCAGUAUAUAGUGACCGAUGCCCAGCUGACCUCCUCAUCUAACCUGGACACCACCCACACAGCCGCUGAUGGCAGAUUGUACAACACACUGUCUAGCACUUCUGGUGGAUCUUGGAUUCCUAGCUCUAAUCAAGACCAGUGGAUCAUGGUAAAGUUCCAAGAACCAAAACUCAUCUCUGGAGUUGUGACACAAGGCAGCCCAGAUUCACCUCGUUGGGUGGAAAAGUUUAACGUCUACUACAGUCUGAAUGGAAAAGAUUUUGUUCCUUACACAGAGUUCCCUGGUGGACAGACACCCUAUCUCUUCAGUGGUAACACAGAUGCAACAACUCCCUUAAGGAACCUUUUCAACAGAGACAUCAUAGCCCAGUAUGUGAAGAUUGUGCCGGUACAGUCUGCUCCUAAUGGUGCAGGUCUCAGGUUUGAUGUGUUGGGUUGUAUACCAGACUUACCACCUGAGGUCCUGACUCCACCUCCUCUUGUGACUGGCCCCACACCUUCCAUUGGCACUGGAACAACUUUAGUGCCUCCUUUAAUCAUAACAUGUGAACUUCCAAUGGGUGUAACAAAUCCUAUGAUAAUUGGUGACAAGCAGCUGACAGCAUCCAGUUCACUGGAUAUCUACCACGUUCCUUCAAGAGGCAGGCUUUAUAUGGAAACUGAUGGUUCAAUGGCUGGUAGCUGGUCUCCUAGCUUGACUGACAAGUCUCCGUAUAUCCAAGUUGAUUUCCUCUCACCGUUUGAAAUCUCCGGGGUGACCACACAGGGCAGUCCAGACAGUCCAUCCUGGGUGACCAAGUACACUGUGUACUACAGUACAGACGGCGUCAACUUCCAGCCGGUCCUAGACAAAACAGACAACCCCAUGGUCUUCAACGGCAACACUGACCAGUACACACCUGUGACCAACCUGUUCCCACCUGUUGUGGCCCAGUACAUCCAGAUCAGGCCGGUUGAGUCUCACAACUCUGUGGCCCUGAGGUUCAACCUGUUGGGUUGCCACACUCCCACACCAACGCCGGGUGUACCACUCAGCUUGAUCACCACAAGUUUAGCCCCCAGCAUCACGCUGUCCACUACCCUAACACCAAGCCCAGGUGGGCCUGUCGCCACCUUGGCCCCUCCAACACCCUUUAUGCCUCCACCAGAAACAAUCUGCAAUGUGCCAAUGAAUGUAGACAAACCAUCAAUGAUACCAAACAGCCAACUUACUUCAUCAAGCAGUGCAGGUCCUCUAACUACAGCAGCUGAUGGCAGACUUGACAACACACUCUCUUCAUGGAUUCCUGCUGUUGUAGACAAGUAUCAAUGGCACCAAGUGGACUUCCUAUCACCACAAAAACUUUCUGGCAUCUUAACUGAGGGCAGCCCAGAUGUGGAGAGAUGGGUCUCCUCCUUCACAGUCAGCACCAGUAUGGACGGCUACACUUUCUACCCAGUCACUGGGGAUGAUGGCAGUGUUGUUAUAUUCAAAGGAAAUACAGAUAAAAGUUCAGUUGUUAGGAACUACUUCCCCAAGAUGAUUGUGGCCAGGUAUGUCCGUGUGGAACCUUUGACCUGGGCACCCAAUGGUCCUGGCCUGAGACUCAACUACAUCGGCUGCUUCUCUUCUAGCAUUCCAACACCUCGACCUCCUGUACCUUUUGAAAUUGAAGAGCCCCCUAUUCUGAUUGUUGGCACAACUCUUGUGCCCACAACACCUGGCCCUAAUGUCACUCCCUUGCUCCCUCCAGUUCUAGAGAUGCCAAUUUGUACCAAAAAGAUGGGCUUACAAAACCAAAGAAUUAUCCAGGACAACCAGAUCACAGCAUCUUCCAACAAAGUGAACCAUGGGCCUGAGUUGGCCAGACUUUCUGAAAGUCAAUACCAGGGAUCCUGGAUGCCAGGAAUUGAUGAUGAUUCACCAUACAUCCAAGUGGAUUUCAAAGAGCCAAAGUUUUUAUCUGGCGUGGUGACUCAAGGUGAAGGUCGUGAGGACAGAUGGGUGACAGAGUACCAAGUGUACUACAGCAUCAAUGGUGCUGACUUCAUUCCUUACUCUGAGCAGCAAGAUGGAGUAGCUCAAGUGUUUAAAGCCAAUGUGGACAGAAAUUCUCCAGUCACAAAUUAUUUUGCUAAAGACAUCAUCGCACAGUACAUUCGCAUUGUUCCUGUCAGCAGUCAUGUUAGCUAUGCGUUGAGGUUUGACAUUCUGGGCUGCAAUCCUUCUGAAGAAAAACUGGACAUCACCACACGAGCACCUCUCUACAGUACCACACCAGGAGCACCAACUCUGGCACCAACUCUACGUCCAGGGGAGACAACACAGUCUACCCUCUCCCCACCAACCCCUGGGGUGACAUCUGUCCCUACUCCAAGUGUGUGUCUCAUUCCCAUGGGUGUGAGCAGCCAUUACAUUGUGACAGAUCAACAACUGACCUCCUCGUCCAGCAUUGACAGCACUCACACUGCAGCAGACGGCAGACUUUACAGCCAGGUCUCCAGCACAUCAGGAGGCUCUUGGAUUCCUAGUACUCAAGGGCAACAAUGGAUUAUGGUUGAUUUCCAAAAACCAAAACUCAUCUCUGGAGUGGUGACACAAGGCAGCCCAGAUUCACCUCGUUGGGUGGAAAAGUUUAACGUCUACUACAGCUUGAAUGGAAAAGAUUUUAUUCCUUACACAGAGUUCCCUGGUGACCAGACACCUUACCUGUUCAAUGGUAACACAGACAGUACAACACCUGUGAGGAAUUUAUUCAACCGUGACAUCAUAGCCCAGUAUGUGAAGAUUGUUCCAGUCCAGGCAUCACCUGCAGGUGUAGGCCUCAGGUUUGAUGUCUUAGGUUGUCAGCCAUCUUUCCCACCAGCCGUUGUCUCCACACCUGCCCCAACACCUGUGCCAACUGGCCCCACUCCAACUCCAGGAACUGGACCAACACUACCACCAAAGAUAGUGUGUGACCUUCCAAUGGGAAUUAACAACCCACUGAUCAUCAAUGAUAAACAGCUGACAGCUUCAAGUUCUCUGGAUGUUUUCCAUGGCCCAACUAGAGGAAGGCUAGAGAUGAACAAGGACGGAUCAUUUGCAGGAGGGUGGUCUCCGAGUGUAUCAGAUACAAACUCCUACAUACAAGUGGACUUCCUGGCACCAUACGAGAUAUCAGGUGUGACCACACAAGGCAGUGCUGACCAGCCAUCUUGGGUCACCAAGUACACAGUGCACUACAGCGUUGAUGGCAUCAACUACCAACCUCUCCUGGACAAGUCUGACAACCCAGCUGUCCUAACUGGCAACUCUGACCAGUUCACGCCAGUCGCAAACUUCUUCACACCAGUCAUUGCCCAGUUUGUGCAGAUCCGACCAAUUGAAUCACACAAUUCUGUUGCCUUGAGAUUCAACCUGUUUGGGUGCAACACACCAGUGCCCUCACCAUCAACAUCAACACCAAGACCAACUACCGCAGCACCACACAUUGGUCAGUUCACUACAGCAACACCAAGUGCUGGCCAGCAUGUAAGCACAGAGGCUCCCCCUACACCAUUUUUAGUCAAACCUGAUCUCCUGUGUAACGUUCCAAUGAAUGUUGAUAGGCCAUCAAUGGUUCUCAACUCUCAGCUGACCUCAUCAAGUUUUGCUAGCAUCUACACUACAGCUGCACAAGGAAGACUUGACAAUAAACUUUCUUCUUGGAUACCAGCCGUGGCAGACAAGUCACAAUGGCACCAGGUUGACUUCCUGGCACCCCAGAAUUUGUCAGGCAUCCAGACACAGGGCAGUCCAGAUUUGGAAAAAUGGGUGUCUUCUUUUACUGUAAGCACGAGCAUGGAUGGAUACACUUUCUACCCCAUUCGUGGAGAUGAUGGCAAAGUUACAAUUUUUAAUGGAAACACAGACAAAGAUUCUAUAAAGCUGAACUACUUCCCACAUAUGGUAGUCGCCAGAUACAUGAGAGUGGAGCCAGUCACAUGGGCACCAAAUGGCCCAGGAUUGAGGCUAAACUACAUCGGCUGCUUCUUUACAUCAGCACCCACUCCCCGGCCCACAGUUCCAUUCUCCAUACCACCUGUAAUAGGAGAACCGACACUUGCUCCAACUACAGCCAUACCUACUAUCUCACCACCAACUGGAACAGCUACAUCAAUCUCAACACUGGAACCAGUUUGUGGACUCAACAUGGGACUACAAAAUGAGAGAAUUGUCCUAGACAGUCAGCUGACGUCAUCCAGCUCCAAAGAUGGGCACUCACCCGCACUAGCAAGGCUAACAAAUGGCCAGUAUCAAGGCUCUUGGGUACCUGGAACCGAAGAUGAAGCUCCAUUUAUUCAAGUUGAUUUUAGAGAAUUGAAGUACCUGUCUGGUGUAGUGACACAGGGUGAAGGUCGUGAGGAGAAAUGGGUCACACAAUAUGAAGUCUACACUAGUGUAGAUGGUGUGGACUUUAUCCCCUACUCAGACAAACAAGAUGGUGUUGCCAAACUGUUCACAGCCAACACUGACACCAACACCCCUGUGACGAAUUAUUUUGUUCAAAAUAUUUUUGCUCGUUACAUUAGGAUUGUACCAAAAAGUAGUCACCGAGGAUUUGCACUGAGGUUUGAUGUACUGGGCUGUAACCCAACAGAAGAGAAGCUUGAAGGUUCCACCCGUGUUCCCCUUUUCCCUCCUGUAACCACUACCAGCACCAAAGCACCUUCCACCCCCUCAGGUCAAACAGCACCCCCUACCCUCUCACCACCCACACCAGGGCAAACUGAAAUCCCUCCACCCAAAGUGUGUGUUAUCCCCAUGGGUGUGAGCAACCACUAUCAGGUGUCAAACAACCAACUCACCUCAUCCUCAAACUUGGAUAGCAACCACACAGCAGCAGACGGCAGGCUCUACAACAGCAUCUCUAGCACCUCUGGGGGGUCCUGGAUUCCACAAACUGAUUCUCAACAAUGGAUUAUGGUAAAAUUCCAAGAACCAAAACUCAUAUCAGGGGUGAUCACUCAAGGUAGUCCAGACUCCCCACGCUGGGUAGAAAAGUUUAACAUCUACUACAGCACCAAUGGGAGAGAUUUUAUCCCUUACUCAGAGUACCCAGGAGAUUCAACACCAUACACAUUCAGUGCCAAUACGGACAGCACAACUCCAAUCAGAAACCUUCUCAACCGCAACAUCAUAGCUCAGUACUUGAAGAUUGUCCCAGUUCAAGCUGCCCCCGGUGGCGUUGGUCUCAGAUUUGAUGCUCUGGGUUGCCAGCCAGAGACUGUCCAGACUGUGUACCUGAUACCCACUCCAUUGGUCCCUGGAUCAACCAUGUCUCCCUCCACUGGUCCAACUUUACAUCCACCAAUAAUACUGACCUGUGACCUCCCUAUGGGUAUCUCAAAUCCUCUUAUCAUUAAUGAUAAACAACUGACCGCCUCAAGCUCACUGGAUAUUUACCACGGACCAUCAAGAGGCAGGCUAUAUAUAGAAACAGAUGGAUCUCAGGCUGGUGGCUGGUCACCAAGUGUGUCUGACAAAGCUCCUUACAUUCAAGUGGACUUCCUGGCGCCUUACGAAAUCUCUGGAGUGACCACACAAGGCAGUGCUGACCAGCCAUCUUGGGUCACCAAGUACACUGUGUACUACAGCACAGAUGGCGUAACCUUCCAGCCUGUAGUCGACGCCACGGAUAAUCCAAUAAUUUUCAACGGCAACACUGACCAGUUCACACCGGUCACUAACCGGUUCCCCACAGUUGUAGCUCAGUAUGUGCAGAUCCGACCAGUGGAGUCCCACAACUCAGUGGCCUUGAGGUUUAACCUCCAGGGCUGUAGGACUCCCACCCCCAUUCCUGGGAUCCCCUCCAUCUUGCUCCCUCCAACUGUAGCACCAACCAUUGGCUUGUUAACUACACCAGCGCCCAGCGCAGGAAGCCAUGAAAGUACUGUCUCACCUCCCACACCUUUCAUGCCUCCACCAGAUACAAUAUGCAAUGUCCCAAUGAAUGUUGACCAGCCUAAUCUGAUACCCAAUGGUCAGCUUUCUUCAUCAAGCAAUGCAAGUCCACAAAGCACAGCUGGAGAUGGAAGAUUGAACAACAAACAAUCGUGGAUGCCUGAACCUUCUGAGCCACACCCAUGGCACCAAGUCAACUUCCUGUCACCCCAGAAACUUUCAGGGGUUCUCACACAAGGCAGCCCAGAUGCUGAGAAGUGGGUCUCAUCUUUCACUGUUAGCACCAGCCUUGAUGGCUAUACAUUUUAUCCAUUGCGCGGAGAUGAUGGGAAAGUUGUGAUUUUCUCAGGAAAUACUGACAAAGACUCCAUCAUCAGAAACUAUUUCCCACAUGCUGUUCUAGCCCAGUACAUUCGUGUAGAGCCCCUGACAUGGUCACCAAAUGGAGCUGGUCUUAGACUGAACUACAUUGGUUGCUUCCCUUCAUCAUACCAAACACCCCAGCCUCUGGUACCAUUUGAAAUACAGCAGCCUCCCAUACCCAUAGGGGCAACAACUGUGGCUCCAACAACUUUCAGUCCAUAUGUUACACCCCCUGUUCCACUAACUAUUGAUGUGCCAGUGUGUACAAAAGAGAUGGGCUUACAGAACCUGAGGAUUGUGCAAGACACUCAAAUAACUGCUUCAUCACACAAACUGGCACAUGGACCAGAACUGGCCAGGCUUUCAGAAAAUGAAUACCAAGGCUCUUGGAUACCACUAACAAGUGAUGACUCACCAUACAUCCAAGUGGAUUUCAGAGAGCCCAAAUUUUUAUCUGGUGUUGUAACUCAAGGUGAAGGCCGUGAAGAGAAAUGGGUCACAGAAUAUGAAGUGUAUUACAGCAUCAAUGGUGUUGACUUCAUCCCUUACUCUGACAAGCAAGAUGGCACAGCAAAACUUUUCAAAGCAAAUUUUGACGGGAACUCUCCAGUAACAAACUACUUUGUUGAGAACAUUAUCGCCCAGUACAUCCGCAUUGUUCCUGUCAGUAGCCAUAUGGGUUACGCAAUGAGAUUUGAUGUCAUGGGCUGCAACCCAAGUAAAGAACAGACUGACAUCACAGUUCGCCCUCCUUUGUAUCCUCAUCCCCCUACAACAACAACUCUAGCUCCAACUCUACCAUUUGGGCAGACAACUCCACCAACUCUCUCCCCGCCAACACCAGGAGUGACAGAAAUUCCUCCACCAUUGGUGUGCCUGAUACCAAUGGGUCUAAGCAGCCAUUACAUAGUGAAAGAUGAUCAGCUGACAUCUUCAUCAAACCUAGACAGCACACACACAGCAGCUGAUGGCAGACUCUUUAACUCCAAUGGAUCCUGGAUUCCUGGUCCUGGUGAGCAACAAUGGAUUUCUGUAAAAUUCCAAGAACCAAAACUCAUCUCUGGAGUGGUGACACAAGGCAGCCCAGAUUCAUCUCGUUGGGUGGAAAAGUUUAAUGUCUACUACAGUCUGAAUGGUGUGGACUUCACGCCUUACACUGAGAACCCUGGUGACCAGACACCUUACCUGUUCACUGGUAACACAGACAGUACAACACCUGUGAGGAAUUUAUUCAACCGUGACAUCAUAGCCCAGUAUGUGAAGAUUGUUCCAGUCCAGGCAUCACCUGCAGGUGUAGGACUCAGGUUUGAUGUUAUGGGAUGUAAACCAGAUGAGCCGCCCACUGUAAUGCAGACACCCUCACCACCACCACUGGUCACUGGCCCAACUCCAUCACCAGGAACUGGUCCAACACUGCCUCCAGCUAUAACUUGUGAUCUUCCAAUGGGAAUUUCCAAUACUUUGGUUGUUGGAGAUAAGCAGCUGACCGCAUCAAGUUCACUGGACAUCUACCAUGGUCCAUUUAGAGGCAGACUUGAAAUCAACAAAGAUGGCUCAUAUGCAGGUGGAUGGUCACCAAGCUCAUCAGACAGGAAUCCUUACCUUCAAGUUGACUUCCUGGCACCUUAUGAGAUAACUGGGGUGGUCACACAAGGCAGUGCUGACCAGUCAUCUUGGGUCACCAAGUACACUGUGUACUACAGCACAGAUGGCGUAACCUUCCAGCCUGUCCUUGAUAAGACAGACAACCCAAUGGUCUUCAAUGGCAACACUGACCAGCACACACCUGUCAAGCACUUCUUCUCACCUGUUGUGGCCAGGUACAUCCAGGUCCGUCCAGUAGAGCAGCACAACUCUGUGGCUUUGAGGUUCAACCUGUUUGGAUGCAAGACCCCGUCACCUACCUAUGUGCCCCCUACACCAAUGCCUGUAACCACACCCUCACCACCAUUUGUGCCACUUAUAAAUCAAAUCUGCAAUGUGCCAAUGAAUGUAGACAAACCAUCAAUGAUACCAAACAGCCAACUUACUUCAUCAAGCAGUGCAGGUUCUCUAACUACAGCAGCUGAUGGCAGACUUGACAACACACUCUCUUCAUGGAUUCCUGCAGUGACUGACAUUCACCCAUGGCAUCAAGUGGACUUCAGGUCACCACAGAAUCUCUCUGGCGUUCUCACACAAGGCAGUCCUGAGCUGGAGAAAUGGGUGUCAGCAUAUACCAUCAGUACCAGCAUGGAUGGGCUCACAUUCUAUCCUAUCCGUGGAGAUGAUGGAAAUGUUGUCAUAUACCAUGGCAAUACGGAUAAAGAUUCUACAGUCAGAAAUUACUUCCCACAUAUGGUUGUGACUCGAUUUGUCCGCCUGGAACCAGUGACCUGGUCACCCAAUGGCCCAGCCUUGAGACUCAACUACAUUGGCUGCUUCUCUGCACUGGUGCCAACACCUCGACCCCCUGUACCUUUCUACAUUGACACACCCCCACUGGUGACAGGAGCGUCCACACCAGCCUACACAGCACCAACUCUCUCCCCACCUACAGCUGCAGUUAUUGUGACUCUACAGCCUGUGUGUAAAACCUACAUGGGCCUACAGAAUGAAAGAAUUGUAGAAGAUCACCAGCUGAAGGCCUCAUCCAGCAGUUCCUCUCAUGGUCCUGAGCUGGGCAGACUUUCAGAGAAUGGAUACCAGGGUUCCUGGAUGCCUGACACCAAUGACCAGAAACCUUAUAUAGAAGUAAACUUUAAUGAGCUGAAGUACCUGUCAGGUGUUGUGACACAAGGUGAAGGCCGGGAGGAGAAAUGGGUCACUGAGUAUGAGGUCUACUUGAGUUCUGAUGGCCAGAGUUUUUACCCCUACUCAGAUAAACAGGAUGGCAUACCAAAAGUUUUUACAGCUAAUACUGAUACCAACACUCCUGUAACUAAUUUGUUUGUGCAAAACAUCAUUGCAAAAUAUAUCAGAAUAGUUCCAGUUAGUAAUCACCAGGGAUAUGCGUUGAGGUUGGAUAUUUUGGGCUGCAACCCAUCUCAGGAGAAUCCUGUACUCACAACACGUGUGACACUUUUCCCAACUGUUCCAACCACACAGAAGACUAGCACUCAAGCCCCAACCUUAGCCCCUGGUCAAACCGCUGGUCCAACACUCUCACCACCCACACCUGGUCAUACUGAGAUUCCUCCACCUCAAGUUUGUUUGAUCCCUAUGGGCCUGAGCAAUCAUUAUGUGGUGACAGAUGAUCAGCUGACAGCGUCCUCUAGUGUUGAUAGCAGCCACACCGCACAAGAUGGCAGGUUAUACAAUGUCCAGUCUAGUACUUCUGGUGGUUCAUGGAUCCCAAGUACCAACACUAAUGAGUGGAUCAUGGUAAAGUUCCAAGAACCAAAACUCAUCUCAGGAGUGGUGACACAAGGCAGCCCUGAUUCAUCUCAUUGGGUGGAAAAGUUUAAUGUCUAUGUCAGCACAAAUGGUGUGGACUUCACCCCUUACACAGAGUUCCCUGGUGACCAGACACCUUACCUGUUCAAUGGUAACACAGACAGUACAACACCUGUGAGGAAUUUAUUCAACCGUGACAUCAUAGCCCAGUAUGUGAAGAUUGUUCCAGUCCAGGCUUCACCUGCAGGUGUAGGCCUCAGGUUUGACGUCAUGGGAUGUAAACCUGAUGAUACACCAACUUCUGUGCCAACACCAUCACCACCACCACUGGUCACUGGCCCAACUCCAUCACUAGGCACUGGCCCUACAAUAAAACCCACACUUGCACCUACACUGGUUUGCGAUUUACCCAUGGGAAUCACCAAUCCUUUGAUAAUUGGAGACAACCAGUUAACAGCCUCAAGUUCUUUGGAUGUUUACCAUGGCCCAUCUAGAGGAAGGCUGGAAAUGAAUAAAGAUGGAUCCUACGCUGGUGGCUGGUCACCUAGUACAACUGAUCAAACUCCAUACAUUCAAGUCAAUUUCCUGGGACCUUAUGAAAUUGCUGGAGUGACCACACAAGGCAGUGCUGACCAGCCAUCUUGGGUCACCAAGUACACUGUGUACUACAGCACUGAUGGUGUCACCUUCCAGCCUGUCCUGGAUGAAACAGAUGCCCCUAAAAUUUUCAACGGCAACACUGACCAGUACACCCCAGUGACCAAUUUCUUCCCCCCUGUUGUGGCUCAGUAUGUCCAGAUUCGGCCAGUGGAGUCCCAUGAUUCAGUAGCCUUGAGAUUCAACCUGUAUGGCUGUAAUGCCCCAGUUCCCUUGGCACUGCUUACUACUCCUACAGCCUCGCCAACUCUGCCUGGGUUUACAACUUUAACCCCAAGUGCUGGACAUCCAGGUGUCACAUUGUCACCUCCCACACCAUUCGUACCUCCACCAGACAAUCUCUGUAAUAUUCCAAUGAAUGUUGAUCGACCAUCUAUUAUGCCAAGUAGCCAGUUCUCAUCAUCCAGCAGUUUUAAUUCUCAAACGACAGCUGGAGAGGGCAGAAUAGAUAACAAACUCUCAUCAUGGAUACCAGCUGUUGCAGAUAAACAACAGUGGCACCAGGUAGAUUUCCUGGCACCUCAAAAUCUGUCCGGCAUACUGACCCAAGGCAGUCCAGAUCUUGAGAAGUGGGUCUCAUCCUUCACUGUCAGCACCAGCACUGAUGGUGUCAACUUCUACCCCAUACGUGGAGAUGAUGGGAAAGUUGUUGUCUUUGCUGGAAACACUGAUAGAUAUUCCAUUAUCCGAAACUACUUCCCCCAUAUGGUUGUAGCAAGAUAUGUGAGAGUGGAGCCAGUGACAUGGGCACCAAAUGGCCCGGGAUUGAGGCUCAACUACAUUGGCUGCUUCUCUGCUUUCGUACCCACUCCUCGACCUCCCGUACCAUUUUACUAUGAGGAGCCAACAGUACCUGCAGGAAUUUCAACGUCUGCUCCAACAGUUGCAGUACCUACAGUUUCUCCACCAACAGUAGUAUCUCUGGGAGUGCCAGUGUGUAGCUUACCUAUGGGAUUACAGAAUCUGAGAAUUGUUAGAGAUGAGCAACUGAAGGCCUCUUCUUUCAAAAAUACAUUUGGCCCGGAACUUGCCAGACUUUCAGAAAAUGAAUACCAAGGAUCAUGGAUACCAGGGGUUAAUGAUGAUGCACCAUAUAUUCAAGUCAACUUUGAGGAACCUAAGUAUCUGUCUGGUGUAGUCACACAAGGUGAAGGACGUGAAGAGAAAUGGGUCACAGAGUAUGAAGUAUACACCAGUGUUGAUGGCAUCAACUUCACUCCUUACUCUCAGAAACAAGAUGGAGUGACAACACUUUUUAAAGCCAACGUUGACAAAAAUACACCUGUGACUAAUUACUUUGUGACAAAUGUCAUCGCCCAAUACAUUAGAAUUGUGCCUAUUAGCAGUCAUAUGGGUGUUGCUUUAAGAUUUGAUAUCUUGGGUUGCAAUCCAUCAAAAGAACAAACUGAAAUAACUGUUCGGCCACCACUGUACCCACCCAGUGCAACAACCAGCACACUAGCACCAACUCUGUACCCUGGACAGACUGCACCGCCCACACUCUCUCCUCCCACUCAUGGGCCCACAGAGAUCCCACCACCUAAAGUGUGCCUGAUCCCUAUGGGAGUGAGCAGUCAUUACUUGGUAACAGAUGCACAACUUACAUCAUCAUCAAACAUGGAUGGUCUACACUCUGCCAGCAGUGGUAGACUUUACAACACUGUGUCCAGCACUUCUGGGGGCUCAUGGAUACCUAGCUAUGAUUAUGAUCAGUGGAUAAUGGUCAACUUCCAAGAACCAAAACUCAUCUCUGGAGUUGUGACACAAGGCAGCCCAGAUUCAUCUCGUUGGGUGGAAAAGUUUAACGUCUACUACAGCUUGAAUGGAAAAGAUUUUAUUCCUUACACAGAGUUGCCUGGCGGACAGACACCCUAUCUCUUCAGUGGUAACACAGACGCAACAACUCCCUUAAGGAACCUUUUCAACAGAGACAUCAUAGCCCAGUAUGUGAAGAUUGUGCCUGUACAGUCCGCUCCUAAUGGCGCAGGUCUCAGGUUUGAUGUGGUUGGCUGCCAACCCAAUAUGCCACCAGAAACAACAGUUUCACCACCACCACUGGUCACUGGUCCCACCCCUACACCAGGAACUGGACCAACACUUAUUCCAACAGUCCCCCCAACAAUUACCUGUGACAUUCCUAUGGGAAUUAACAAUCCCUUAAUCAUCGGAGAUGCCCAGCUAACGGCAUCCAGCUCCUUGGAUAUUUACCAUGGCCCUACUAGAGGCAGGCUGGAGACGGACAAGGAUGGAUCCUAUGCUGGUGGCUGGUCCCCAAGUACAACUGAUCAAACUCCAUACAUUCAAGUCAAUUUCCUGGGACCUUAUGAAAUUUCUGGAGUGACCACACAAGGCAGUGCUGACCAGCCAUCUUGGGUCACCAAGUACACUGUGUACUACAGCACUGAUGGUGUUACCUACCAGCCUGUUGUAGACAACACAGACAGUCCAGUGGUCUUCAACGGCAACACUGACCAGUACACCCCAGUGACCAACUUAUUCCCCCCUGUUGUAGCUCAGUAUGUCCAGAUUCGACCAGUGGAGUCCCACAACUCUGUAGCUCUAAGAUUUAAUUUGCUUGGAUGCUACUCACCAGUGCCAUCACCUACGCCACUCCCCACGCUGACACCUGGAACAUCAACAGCAGCACCUGGCUUUACCACCCUAGCCCCCAGUGCUGGACAGCCAGGUGUCACUGUACCACCACCUACACCUUUCCUACCUCCACCAGAUCAAAUCUGCAAUGUGCCAAUGAAUGUAGACAAACCAUCAAUGAUACCAAAUAGCCAACUUACUUCAUCAAGCAGUGCUGGUCCUCUAACUACAGCAGCUGAUGGCAGACUUGACAACACACUUUCUUCAUGGAUUCCUGCCAUUGCAGAUAAGCGUCAAUGGAUGCAAGUAGAUUUCUUAAAGCCCCAGGACCUGUCUGGUAUCCUCACACAGGGCAGUCCAGACUUUGAGAAAUGGGUCUCAUCCUUCACCAUCAGCACCAGCGUUGAUGGUUACACCUAUUACCCCGUCAGUGGCAAUGAUGGAAAUGUUUUAGUUUUUCAGGGAAACACAGACAAAAACUCUAUUGUUCGCAACUAUUUCCCACAUGUUGUCGUGGCUAGGUAUAUCAAACUUGAACCUCUAACCUGGUCACCAAACGGCCCAGGUCUAAGACUGAACUACAUUGGUUGCUUACCAAUGUCAGUCCCCACUCCACGGCCACUUGUACCAUUCUACAUGGAACAACCAACCAUCCCAACUGGAGCAACGACAUCUGCCACCACUGCUGGCCCAACUGCCUCCCCAACUGCCUCUCCUACUGUACCACACAUUACCUUAAGACCAGAUGUAUGCUUGGAAGAAAUGGGCUUACAAAACCAGAAGAUAAUUCAAGACACGCAGCUCACAGCUUCAUCACAAAAACUGGCCUAUGGGCCAGAGCUUGCCAGGCUGUCAGUGAAUGAAUAUCAAGGCUCAUGGAUGCCGCGCACUGAUGACGAUGCACCUUACAUUCAAGUGGACUUUAAGGAGCCAAAAUUUUUGUCAGCAGUGGUGACCCAAGGUGAAGGACGUGAAGAUCGAUGGACCACGGAGUACCAGGUGUUCUACAGCAUGAAUGGAGUAGACUUCAUUCCUUACUCUGACAAACAAGAUGGCCGACCCAAGACUUUCCCUGCCAAUGUUGACAGGAACUCUCCAGUCACAAACUAUUUUAUCACCAACAUCAUUGCACAGUACAUUCGUAUAGUUCCUGUCAGCAGUCAUUUGGGCUUUGCUCUAAGGUUUGAUGUUCUUGGAUGUAAUCCAUCUAAGGAGAGGGAGGACAUUAGCACCCGUGCACCACCCUACCCACAUGUCACAACAGUCACUACAGCCAAGCCUACACUAGCCCCUGGUCAGACAACACCCCCCACACUCUCCCCUCCUACUCCUGGAACUACCAUUAUUCCUGCACCAUUAGUGUGCUUGAUCCCCAUGGGUCUGAGCAACCACUACAUAGUGACAGAUAAACAAAUAACAUCUUCCUCUGUCCUUGACAACAACCACAAUGCUUUUGAUGGUAGACUCUUCAAUGAGAAGUCCAACAGCUCUGGAGGAUCUUGGAUCCCAAGCCCAACAGAUAGCCAAGCUUGGAUAAUGGUUAACAUGAAUGAGCCAAAGCUGAUCUCUGGAGUAUCAACACAAGGCAGCCCAGAUUCAUCUCGUUGGGUGGAGAAAUACAAUGUCUACUACAGUCUGAAUGGUGUGGACUUCACCCCUUACACAGAGUUCCCUGGUGACCAGACACCUUACCUGUUCUAUGGAAAUACAGACAGUACAACACCUGUGAGGAAUUUAUUCAACCGUGACAUCAUAGCCCAGUAUGUGAAGAUUGUUCCAGUCCAGGCAUCACCUGCUGGUGUAGGCCUCAGGUUUGAUGUGAUUGGCUGCAACCCCAACCUACCUCCAGAAACAAUCAUCACACCACCCCCACUGGUCACUGGACCAACUCCGUCCGUGGGCACUGGACCAACUCUCAAGCCAACGCUACCACCUGGCAUUACUUGUGACCUGCCAAUGGGAGUGAACAAUCCAAAAGUUAUCAGUGACAAUCAGCUGUCUGCAUCUAGUUCUAUGGACUCCCUACAUGGUCCUUCAAGAGGUCGACUGGAGAUAAACCAAGAUGGUUCUCUGGCUGGCGCCUGGUCUCCUAGUGUUUCAGACAAGACCCCCUACAUCCAAGUUGAUUUCUUACAACCACUUGAAGUAUCUGGUGUGGUAACACAAGGCAGUGCUGACCAGCCAUCUUGGGUCACCAAGUACACUGUGUACUACAGCACAGAUGGCGCCACUUUCCACCCUAUAGUAGACAACACUGACAACCCAAUCCUAUUUAAUGGGAACACAAACCAACACACUCCAGUGAAAAACUUCUUCCCAACUGUUGUAGCUCGCUACAUUCAGAUCCGGCCUGUGGAAUCACAUAACUCAGUUGCCCUGAGGUUCAGCUUAUUUGGAUGUACCACGCCCACCCCUAAUGUAGUACCUCCCACCCUGCUGAUACCAACUCCUUCACCAUCAAUAGGAAUAUUCACUGCACCAACACCAUCACCAACUGUACCACAAGUUGGAAGCACAGAAAUGCCACCUACACCAUUCCUAAAUCCUCCAGGUGAAAUAUGUAAUGUCCUGAUGAAUGUGGACCAGCCUUAUUUGUUUUUGGACAGCCAGUUUUCUGCCUCGAGCUAUGCUGAUUCUUACUCAACAGCCUCAGCUGGCAGGCUUGACAACACAUUCAACUCAUGGAUUCCUGAGUUCGCUGAUAGAUACCAGUGGCAUGAAUUAGAUUUCCUGAAACCCCAGGUGUUGUCAGGUGUACUGACCCAGGGCAGCCCAGACCUGGAGAAGUGGGUCUCCUCCUACACCAUCAGCACCAGCUUGGACCACCUCACUUUUUACCCUGUCAGAGACAAUAAUGGAAAUGUGAUAACAUUCUCAGGAAACACAGAUAAAAGCUCUGUUAUCAGAAAUUACUUCCCUCAUACGGUACUUGCCAGGUACAUCAGAGUGGAGCCAGUGACCUGGGCACCCAAUGGACCAGGGUUGAGGCUGGACUACAUCGGCUGUGUGUCGGAGAGCGCUGCGACAAACAAACCCACAGUUCCCUUCCAUGUUGACAUAUCCACAGCCAGUCCAACGUUGACCCCACCCAUGGGCGUGUCUACACCCAGUCCACCACUGUACACCACACCUGCCCCUAUUAUAACUCUUGAGCCAAUGUGUACCAAAGAGAUGGGCCUGCAAAACCAGAGGAUCAUCAGUGACACACAGCUGGCAUCAACAACACAGUCAUACAAACACGGCCCUGAGUUGGCACGUCUCUCAGAAAACUACCAAGGUUCUUGGAUGCCUGCGAAUUCGGACAAUGCUCCAUACAUUCAAGUGAACUUCAGGGAGCUCAAGUACUUAUCAGGAAUUGUGACACAAGGUGAAGGACGUGAAGAGAAGUGGGUCACUGAGUACCAGGUCUACUACAGUGUUGAUGGUGUUGACUUUUACCCAUACUCCAACAAACAAGAUGGCACAGCUAAAACUUUUACUGCUAAUACUGAUACUAACACCAAAGUCACCAACUUCUUUGAAAAGAAUGUCUAUGCUCAGUAUAUUCGCAUAGUACCUGUAAAUAAUCACAAUGGUGUUGCUUUGAGAUUCGAUGUUCUUGGGUGUAAUCCAACUAAAGAGAACCCAACUGUGUCAGUCCGACCUCCAGAGUACACAUACACCACCCUGAGCCCCACACUGCCCACAAACAUUCCUACAUCAAGUGGGGCCACACAAGCUCCCACUGUUACUGUCACUGAUAUACCAGCUCCCAAUGUCUGUCUGAUCCCAAUGGGUUUGACCAGUCACUACAUGAUCUCUGACAAGCAGCUGACAUCUUCUUCUAGCCUGGAUGGCCUACAUCUUCCAUCCAGUGGUCGGCUAGACAAUUAUGUUACCUCCACGUCUGCUGGCUCCUGGGUUCCAAGCACUACAGAUACACACCCAUGGAUCAUGGUGAACUUCAAUGAGCCAAAACUCAUCUCUGGAGUUGUGACACAAGGCAGCCCAGAUUCAUCUCGUUGGGUGGAAAAGUUUAACGUCUACUACAGCUUGAAUGGAAAAGAUUUUAUUCCUUACACAGAGUUCCCUGGUGACCAGACACCUUACCUGUUCAAUGGUAACACAGACAGUACAACACCUGUGAGGAAUUUAUUCAACCGUGACAUCAUAGCCCAGUAUGUGAAGAUUGUUCCAGUCCAGGCAUCACCUUCAGGUGUAGGCCUCAGGUUUGACGUCAUGGGAUGUAAACCAAGCAUUCCUACUGUAAACAUUACACCUUCACCAACACCUUCCAUCACACCAACUCCAUUUGUGGUAACUGGCUCAACUGAUGCCCCAACUCUGCCACCUAAAACAUAUUGUGAUAUCCCAAUGGGCAUAACAAACCCAUUGAUCAUUAGUGACAAGCAGUUGACAGCUUCAAGCACUCUGGAUGUUUAUCACAGCCCAUCAAGAGGCAGGCUUUAUGCCGGCACAGAUGGGUCUCUAGCUGGAGGCUGGUCACCAAGUGUGUCUGACAGAAACCAGUACAUCCAGGUGGAUUUCUUGGCCCCGUAUGAACUUUCAGGUGUGGUCACACAGGGCGGCGCUGAUCAACAAUCUUGGGUGACAAAGUAUAACAUCUUCUACAGCAGUGAUGGCAUCAACUACUACCCAGUCACAGACAACUCUCAACGACCAACUAUAUUUAACGGAAACACUAAUUCCUUUGCUCCUGUCACAAAUUUCUUCUCAACCAUCAAUGCGCGGUACGUCCAGAUUCGGCCAUUAGAUUUCCACGGCUCAAUUGCAUUACGUUUUAAUCUACUUGGAUGCCAGUCUCCGUCACCUAUCCCCACCCCUACCCCAGCAGUGAUAACUGUAACGUCAGCCCCCACUCCGGCUGUCCUCCACACAUGCACCACUGGAUGGUCCGCAUGGAUCAACAACGUAAACCCCGCCAGUGGCAGUGGAGAUUUUGAAGCCAUGAGCGAUGAAGACAAGUCCAAGUUCUGCCCAGGUGGGAAGAUCACAGAUAUCAACUGCGUGGAUGCUGAAACUGGGGAUGACUACGACAGCCUGGCAGAGGCAACUUGUACUGUCGGUGAAGGCCUGAAAUGCUUGAAUGAACCGGACAUUGGAUUAACCUGUAGAGAUUAUAAGAUUAGAUACAUGUGUACAUGCUCAGCAACACCUACACCAAGCAUAGCCGUCCCACAAGGAAGCACAGCUGUUCCCAUCACACCUUUCACACAUUCACCAGAUAUCUUGUGUAACAUACCAAUGAACGUGGACCUGCCCAACUACCUCCCUGACCACCAGCUGUCAGCCUCUAGCAGUCUCAGCCCACAGACCAUGGCCGCUGCUGGCAGACUCCAUAAUGAAUUCUCUUCUUGGGUCCCACGAACUCUUGACCAGAACCAGUGGCACCAGGUAGAUUUCCUGACACCCCAGAACCUGUCAGGUGUUCUCACACAGGGCAGUCCCAAUGCAGAGAAAUGGGUGUCAUCCUUCACAGUCAGCACCAGCAAAGAUGGCUACAACUUCUACCCAGUGCGUGGAGAUGAUGGAAAUGUUGUGGUGUUCUCAGGAAAUUCUGACAAAGAUUCUAUUGUUAGAAAUUACUUCCCACAUCCUGUUGUGGCCAGAUACAUCAGAGUUGAGCCUGUCACAUGGGCACCCAACGGACCAGGCCUGAGGGUUAAUUACAUCGGCUGCUUCAACAUCAACUACCCCACCCCACAUCCCACCUUACCCUUCCUCCAGCCCCCCUUCACACCUGCCCCCACCAUCUCAACCACCACUUCUGCGUAUGGCAGUCCUACACCACAGCCAACUAGACAAACCUUAGAGCCAGUGUGUAGUCAGCAGAUGGGCUUGCAGAACCAGAGAAUUGUUCAAGACUCUCAAAUAACAGCAUCAUCUAGUACAAGGAACCAUAACCCAGAGUUUGCCAGAUUGUCAACAAAUGAUUAUCAGAGCUCUUGGAUACCAGAUACUGCUGACAAAUCCCCAUACAUUGAGGUAGAUUUCCAAGACGUGAAGUUCCUAUCAGGUGUGACAACACAAGGUGAGGGUGCGGAGGACAGGUGGGUCACUGAGUACAAAGUCUACACCAGCGUGGAUGGGACUGACUUUGUUCCUUACUCAGAGAAGCAAGAUGGUCAGGCUACAGUUUUCACAGCCAACACUGACAAAAAUACACCAGUGACCAAUUAUUUUGCCAAAAACAUCAUGGCCAGAUUUAUCCGCAUUGUCCCUGUCAACAGCCAUACUGGCAUUGCUCUAAGGUUUGAUGUUCUUGGAUGCAACCCAUCUAACGAAAUAAUUGAAAGGACAACACGUGCUCCAAUGUACACAACGCUGUACCCACCAUCCAAGCCCAGCACAGAUGCCCCAACCCUCACUUCAUCUCUUGGCUACACAGCACAGCCACCCAUCCCAACAUUCAGUACAGUGCCUCCACCAAAUGUCUGUCUUGUUCCAAUGGGAUUGAGCAGCCAUUACAUUGUGACUGAUGAGCAGUUGACAUCAUCCUCCAAUGUUGAUGGCUUCCACUCCGCAGCAGAUGGCAGAUUAUACAACUCUGUCACUGACACAACUGGCGGAUCUUGGAUUCCUGGAACUGACACACAAUCAUGGAUUAUGGUCAACUUUAAUGAACCAAAACUCAUCUCUGGAGUGGUGACACAAGGCAGCCCAGAUUCACCUCGUUGGGUGGAGAAAUACAAUGUCUACUACAGCCUGGAUGGCAAAGAUUUCACCCCAUACACUGAAUCUCCAGGCAGCCAAACACCUUACCUGUUUACUGGAAACUCAGACAGCAACACACCUGUGAGGAAUCUCUUCAACCGUGACAUCAUAGCGCAGUACGUGAAAAUCGUGCCUGUCGACGCUGCACCAUUUGGUGUUGGGUUGCGGUUUGAUGUUGUGGGAUGUAAACCUUCAGUGCCACAGAUCAUUGCCACACCCACACCAGCGACUCCUUCUGUAGGACCUGGCCCAACACUUGCGCCAACGUUACAAAUUUGUGAUGUCCCUAUGGGAUUAACGAACCCACAGGUAAUUAAUGAUUAUCAGCUGACUGCAUCAAGUGCCCUAGAUGGUCUCCAUGCCCCAAGCAGGGGGAGGUUGUUCACUAAUGCUGAUGGCUCUCUAUCUGGUGGCUGGUCACCAAGCACAUCUGACAAGAGCCCCUACAUCCAGGUAGAUUUCCUUGCACCUUACGAGAUCUCAGGUGUGGUCACACAGGGCAGUGCGGACCAGGACUCCUGGGUCACCAGGUACAUGGUGUACUACAGCAAAGAUGGCGUCAACUUCCAGCCAGUGGCAGACCAGACAUCAGCUCCGCUUGUGUUCAGUGGCAACUCUGACCAGUUCUCUCCGGUCACCAACUUUUUCCCCACCGUUGUGGCCAGGUACAUCCAGAUCCGACCUGUUGAGUUCCACAACUCCGUGGCCUUGAGGUUCAAUGUCAUAGGCUGCCACCCACCUGGCCCAACUCCAGUUCUUGUGACCAUAGCACCAACACCAGUCGUACCCUUCACACCACCUCCAAAUAUGCUUUGUAAUGUACCAAUGACUGUGGACCAGCCUACUACGGUAACAGGUCUACAACUGACCGCAUCUAGUCAAGCUGGACCACUGACAGGUGCCUCAGAAGGCAGGCUAAAUAACCAACUGUCAUCCUGGGUACCAAGCAUUGCUGAUAAGAACCAGUGGCAUCAAGUAGACUUCCUGUCAGCUCAGAACUUGUCAGGUAUUUUAACACAAGGAAGUCCAAAUGCUGAGCAGUGGGUCACCUCCUACACCAUCAGUACCAGCAUGGAUGGGAGCAACUUCUACCCACUGACAAAUGCUGAUGGUAAUGUGAUAAUAUUCGGUGGCAACACAGACAAGGACUCAGUGAUCAGGAACUAUUUCCCUCAUAUGGUUGUGGCCAGGUAUGUUCGCCUUACACCUGUCACCUGGGCGCCACAUGGGCCUGGCCUGCGCUUAAACUACAUUGGGUGCUCACCCCUCAUCACACCUCGACCAACAGUGCCAUUCCUCCAGCCCUACACCGGGCCCAUUGGGAUCCCCAUCAUAUCAACAGGCAGCCCUCCACCACUUUACAACAUUCCUACGGCAUCCCCACCAACUGUAACUCAAGAACCAAUGUGUAACAAAAAAAUGGGACUACAGAAUCAAAGAAUUAUUCAAGACCAAUGGAUAUCAGCAUCUUCCAGCGUCAAUGGACAUGGGUCACAAUAUGCCAGACUGUCUGAGGAUGUCUAUCAAAGCUCAUGGGUUCCACUGGAAACAGACAACUCGCCCUACAUUCAAGUCAACUUCCAAGAACCCAAAUUCUUGUCUGCUGUGGUUACACAAGGUGAAGGUCGGGAAGAGAAGUGGACCACAGAGUACCAAGUCUACCUAAGCUUAGAUGGAGUUGAUUACUACCCGUAUUCUGAUAAACAAGAUGGAGUGGCCAAAAUCUUUACUGCUAACACUGACACCAACACACCAGUCACAAACUAUUUUGUUAAGAACAUCAUGGCCCAGUACAUAAGGAUAGUACCAGUCAAUAGCCACAAUGGUUUUGCUUUGAGGUUUGAUGUUCUAGGUUGUAACCCAUCUAAGGAGAUUGAACAUAUUAGCACCCACGCACCUCCAUACACAACAUCACCAACACCCAAACCUUUAACUGAUGCCCCAACUCUGACAACUGGAGCACCAACUGCACCAACAGCAUCCACUCUACCUCCACCUAAUGUUUGCCUGAUCCCUAUGGGUGUGAGCAGCCAUUACUUCGUCACUGAUGCCCAACUGACAGCAUCCUCACAGCUCAACAGCAACCAUACAGCAGCAGAUGGCCGGCUGUUCAAUGCUGUCUCCAGCACAUCCGGUGGAUCAUGGAUUCCUGGCCCUGGCUCUAAUCAAUGGAUAAUGGUCAACUUCAACGAACCAAAACUCAUCUCUGGAGUGGUGACACAAGGCAGUCCAGAUUCAUCUCGUUGGGUGGAAAAGUUUAACGUCUACUACAGCUUGAAUGGAAAAGAUUUUAUUCCUUACACUGAGAAUCCUGGUGACCAGACCCCUUACCUGUUCAAUGGUAACACAGACAGUACAACACCUGUGAGGAAUUUAUUCAACCGUGACAUCAUAGCCCAGUAUGUGAAGAUUGUUCCAGUCCAGGCAUCACCUGCAGGUGUAGGCCUCAGGUUUGACAUCAUGGGAUGUAAGCCAACAGUCCCAGCAGAGAUUAUUACACCCACCCCUCCCACAGUGACUGGCUCCACCCUUGUACCAACUAUAGGCACAGGACCAACGCUGCCACCAACUAUCUCCUGUGAUAUCCCUAUGGGCCUAACAAACCCCAUGAUAAUUAGUGACAAGCAGCUGACCGCGUCCAGUAUGAAGGAUGAGUUCCAUGGCCCAUCCCGGGGUCGACUUACUGCUGGUACAGAUGGCUCUAUGGCAGGAGGCUGGUCACCUAGUGUAACUGACAAAGAUCCAUAUAUCCAAGUGAACUUUUACGAGCCUUAUGAAAUCUCUGGAGUGGUCACACAAGGCAGUGCUGACCAGCCAUCUUGGGUCACCAAGUACACUGUGUACUACAGCAAUGAUGGUGAACACUUCCAGCCCAUCCUGGAUAAAACUGACAGCCCUGUUGUUUUUAAUGGCAACACUGACCAGCAUACGCCGGUCAAAAAUUUCUUCCCAACAGUUGUAGCUCAGUACAUUCUAAUCAGGCCAGUGGAAUCCCAUAACGAUGUAGCUCUGAGGUUUAAUCUGUUAGGAUGUCGCUCACCUGUACCAACACCUGUGCCUUCACCUGUGCCAGUUUACCUAGAGACACCUUCGUUUGGUUACCCCACUACAGCUACACCUGGUACUGCGACCACUAGAGUCCCACAGACGCCUUUUGUUCCUUUUGUUCUACCUCCAGGUUUAUUAUGUAAUGUGCCAAUGAAUGUGGACAAGUCUAAUCUGGUUCUUGACAGUCAACUGUCAGCAUCAAGCUAUGCUGAACCAGCCACCUCUGCAGGAAAAGGAAGACUUGAUUACCCAUAUUCCUCCUGGGUCCCAAGAGUUGUUGACAGGAACCAGUGGCACCAGGUAGAUUUCCUGACACCCCAGAACCUGUCAGGUGUUCUCACACAGGGCAGUCCCAAUGCAGAGAAAUGGGUGUCAUCCUUCACAGUCAGCACCAGCAUGGAUGGCUACACAUUCUACCCAGUGCGUAACAGUGACGGCUCUAGAGUUAUCUACACCGGAAACUCAGACAAAGAUUCUACAAUAAGGAAUUACUUCCCACAUAUGAUUUUGGCCAGAUUUGUUCGUCUUGAACCUCUGAGCUGGGCACCAAAUGGACCUGGUCUCAGACUAAACUACAUCGGCUGCUUCACUUCUUCUGCGCCUACACCAGUUCCCACUGUACCCUUCCUCCAGCCUGUGAUAACUUUAGCUCCUGGCCUCACCCCAAGUGUUACCUACCCAACUCUGUCACCACCCAAGUAUACUACACUUGAGCCAUUGUGCAUAAAGGAGAUGGGUGUGCAGAACUUGAGAAUAGUUGAGGACAAACAGUUGACAGCUUCCUCCAGUGUAAACCAACAUGGGCCAGAGUAUGGCAGAUUGUCUGCCAGCUAUUAUCAAGGCUCUUGGAUGCCACUUGCCACUGAUGUGUCACCCUACAUUGAGGUAGACUUCCAAGAAUUGAAAUACUUGUCUGGAGUAGUAACACAAGGUGAAGGUCAGGAAGAAAAAUGGGUCACUGAGUACAAAGUCUACACCAGCGUUGAUGGUGUGAACUUUACUCCCUACUCUGAGAAUCAAGACGGCAUUGUGAAAAUAUUCCCAGGCAACACAGACUCUGAUACACCCGCUGCUAACUUCUUUGUUAAAAAUAUCCUAGCGCGGUACAUUCGAAUUGUCCCAGUCAACAGCCACUCUGGUGUGGCUCUAAGAUUCGAUGUGUUUGGAUGUAACCCGUCUAAAGAAAAAGCUGUCACCACACGGGCACCUCAGUACACACCACCCCCAACAACCCCCAGACCUAGCACAGAAGCUCCUCCAUUAUAUUCCUCAGUCAGACCUUCCAAUGAACCAACUCCUUCACCCACACCUCUUGUUAUACCACCUCCAAAGGUGUGUCUCCUUCCUAUGGGUGUCAGCAACCAUUACGUAGUAGCAGACGGCCAGCUGACGUCAUCCUCCAAUAUUGACAGCUUGCACUCAGCAGCAGACGGCAGACUUUACAAUCUUCUGUCUCCUACCAGUGGAGGAUCUUGGAUUCCUGGGCCAGAAGCUCAGUCAUGGAUCAUGGUCAAUUUCAUGGAGCCAAAGUUGCUUUCUGGGGUGGAAACUCAAGGCAGUCCAGACGGCAGUCGCUGGGUAGAAAAGUUCAACGUCUACUACAGUAUGAAUGGUGUGGACUUCACACCUUACACUGAGAACCCUGGUGACCAGACACCUUACCUGUUCAGUGGUAACACAGACAGUACAACACCUGUGAGGAAUUUAUUCAACCGUGACAUUAUAGCCCAGUACUUGAAGAUCGUACCUGUCAAGGCAUCACCUGCUGGUGUAGGCCUCAGGUUUGACGUCAUGGGAUGUAAACCAGAUUCACCUUCUCAGAUCAUCAUCACACCAUCACCACCCACUGGCUCUACACCUACACCAGGAACUGGACCAACACUUGCACCAACAUUGCCUGCCAAGCCAACUUGUGAUGUGCCUAUGGGAGUUAGCAAUCCUUUGCUUGUCAAAGAAAGUCAGCUGACAGCCUCCAGUUCACUGGAUGUGUUCCACGCCCCAUCACGAGGUCGACUCUACACCAACAGAGAUGGCUCACUAGCUGGUGCCUGGUCACCUAGCGCAACGGAUAACAAUCCCUACAUCCAAGUGGACUUCCUCUCACCCUAUGAAAUCUCAGGGGUCACCACACAAGGCAAUGCUGACCAGCCAUCUUGGGUGACAAAAUACACUGUUUACUAUAGUAACGACAGUAUAAAGUAUGAGCCAGUGAAAUCCAGCACAGGCAGCCCAGUGGUGUUUGAUGGCAACACUGACCAGUUCACCCCUGUGACCAACUACUUCCCUACUAUUGUAGCUAGGUACAUUCAGAUUAGACCAGUGGAGUCCCAUAAUUCUGUAGCGUUGAGAUUUGAUAUCUAUGGAUGUCACCCCCCUUCACCACUGCCAUACCUAGAAUUCCCACCUGGCAUGAACAUACCCACCUACACAGGACCUCCUACACCCUUCACACAUGCACCAGAGAUCAUUUGUAAUGUACCAAUGGACCUUGACCUGCCAGCUUUUGUAGCAGACAACCAGUUCACAGCUUCUAGCUACGCUGGACCUCAAACAGUUGCCUCAGCUGGUAGACUUUACAACAAGUUGAGCUCCUGGAUUCCUGGUGUUGUGAACCAAAACCAGUGGCACCAAGUCGAGUUCCUGUCAGCCAAAAACCUCUCAGGUAUUCUGACCCAGGGCAGCCCCAAUGCAGACAAGUGGGUGUCCAGUUUCACAGUCAGCACCAGCUUGGACGGCUACACUUUCUACCCAGUGCGUGACAAUGAUGGCAACACCAUUGUUUUCACUGGAAACUCUGAUAAGGAUUCUGUUAUAACUAACUUCUUCCCUCGUAUCACUCUGGCCAAAUAUGUACGAGUUAUACCUGUAACCUGGGCAGCAAGCGGUCCUGGAUUGAGACUCAACUACAUUGGCUGCUACUCAACCUCUUACACAACACUGCAGCCCACUGUACCCUUCUCUAUCCAUACAACUGCUGGACCAACUGGCACAACCAAUGCUCCAACACCCACUCCACAUAUCGUUACUCUGGAACCUUUGUGUGGAAAAGAUAUGGGCUUACAAAACCUGAGGAUAGUUGAGGACUCUCAAAUUUCUGCAACAUCAAGUAGCAGUGGUCAUGGCCCAGAACUUGCCAGAUUGUCUGGAACUUUCUACCAAGGAUCCUGGAUGCCUUCGCCAACUGACAGUGCACCAUACAUAGAAGUUAAUUUCAAAGAGCAGAAAUUCUUAUCAGGCAUUGUGACACAAGGUGAAGGUCAAGAUCAGAAGUGGGUCACUGAAUACAAAGUUUAUACUAGUACUGAUGGUAAAAACUACAUUCCAUAUUCUGAUAAGCAAGAUGGCGUCCCCAAGAUCUUCACUGCAAACACAGACACAAACUCACCUGUGACAAAUUACUUUAUUAAAAACAUCAUCGCACAGUACAUCCGCAUAGUUCCAGUCAACAGUAACUCUGGAAUAGCAAUGAGGUUUGAUGUUCUGGGAUGCAACCCAUCUAAAGAAAACCUGUUGGUAACCACUCGAGCACCUGUGUACACACCCACCCCCUCACCCACAGGUCCAGAUGUCCCCACCCUCAAUUCUGGUGGUCCAACAGGAAUAUCAACUUUAUCCCCAAGCACAAUGGGAGUCUCUACAUUUUUACCACCCAAAGUUUGUCUUGUCCCUAUGGGCAUCAGUGACCACUACAUAGUCACAGAUGAGCAGCUGACCUCCUCUUCUAACCUGGACAGCACACAUACAGCAGCUGAUGGCAGACUUUACAAUGACAAAAACACAAACUCUGGUGGAUCCUGGAUGCCUGGUCCUGAUCCGAAUCAAUGGAUAAUGGUGAACUUCAAUGAACCAAAACUCAUCUCUGGAGUAGUGACACAAGGCAGCCCAGAUUCAUCUCGUUGGGUGGAAAAGUUUAACGUCUACUACAGCCUGAAUGGUGUGGACUUCACCCCUUACACUGAGAACCCUGGUGACCAGACACCUUACCUGUUCUAUGGUAACACAGACAGUACAACACCUGUGAGGAAUUUAUUCAACCGUGACAUCAUAGCCCAGUAUGUGAAGAUUGUUCCAGUCCAGGCAUCACCUGCAGGUGUAGGACUCAGGUUUGACGUCAUGGGAUGUAAACCUGAUGUGCCCUCUGUUACCAUGGCGACCCCUCCUCCUCUCCUCAUCCAGUCAACAGCCUCUCCAGGCACUGGUUCAACAUCUGCCCCUGUACUCCCUACCCAACAAGUUUGCACCAUCCCAAUGGGUGUAACUAAUCCUUUGGUGGUCAGUGACAAUCAGCUGACUGCGUCAAGCUCUAUUGAUGUUUUCCAUGGACCUUCAAGAGGCAGACUUUACACGGAAAAAGAUGACUUGUGGGCUGGUGGAUGGUCUCCAAGCACAUCUGAUAAUAGCCAAUACAUCCAGGUUGAUUUCCUCUCCACCUACGAGAUAUCAGGAGUAGCCACCCAAGGCAGCGCCAGUGAUAAAUCCUGGGUGAGCAAGUACAUUGUGUACUACAGCACUGAUGGCACCAACUUCCAUCCAGUGACUGACAGCAGCCAUAAGCCAAUCGUCUUCACCGGAAACAGCGACCAGUUCACCCCUGUCACCAACUACUUCCCAACCGUUGAGGCCAGGUACAUCCAGAUACGGCCGGUUGAGUUCCACAACUCCAUAGCCCUGAGGUUUAACCUGUAUGGGUGUCGGUCACCUUCACCAAAUGCCGUCCCUCUGCAUUUGACCACAACUGAUGUGCCAACUUUGCCUAGUGGGCAGACUCCAACACCUACACCCCGAGCUUGUAUUUACUGGUCACCUUGGGUCAGUAAUAGUGUACCUGACCCUGUCAGUGGUGAAAAGGAUAUGUUUUUCCAAAGACCCCUUUCAACAAAUGCAUGUCCAAAGGAAUUUGUCAAAGCAGUUGAGUGCAGAGUUAAGGCCACCAAAAUGAUGUGGGACCCUACAGACUCUUUAGUUGAGUGCUCACUGCUAGACGCCAUGUUUGUUUGCCACCCCACCCCCACUCAUGUGUGUGAAGACUAUGAGGUGCGUGUGCUGUGUGACGUAUGUUCGGUGACCACAACUGGACAGCCUAUUGCAACACCAUCACUCCCAGCAUACCAGUCAGCAUCUACAGCUGUCCCCUACACUUGCUCUUCUGGCUGGACAGAGUGGAUAGAUAGAAAUGGAGUGACUGCGAAUGGCAACAAAGAGGCUCUGUCUAUGGAAGAGCUGUCAGCUUUCUGUCCUCACGGUCAAGUGGAUCAGAUUGAUUGUGUGACCGCUGAUGCUCAGGAGAAGCCUUGGUAUCUGCUCGACCUUGUGACACGCUGUGAGGUCAGCACUGGCUUUGAAUGUGAUGCUGAGUCCAACAGACCUAAAGUUUGUCAGAACAUGAAGAUUAGAUAUCACUGCUCUUGUGCUGCACCAACUCCCACAACCCUGGCACCAACAGUAGAAACUCCACCUAUUAAUCUCUGCACCAAAGACUACUGGACACACUGGGUCAACAGAGACAUCCCUGAGAUAGGUGAUGGAGAUCGUGAGCAACUGACUCAGGGAGAAUUACGUGAAGCUUGCCCUGAUGGUUAUGUGACUGAAAUAGACUGUCAGACCACAACUGGCAUUCCUUCUGACAUGACUGGGGAACCUGUGACCUGUGACCUCAAGACUGGACUCUCCUGCUGGAACUCAAUCUUCAGGACCUGCAGGGACUACAGGAUCAGAUACAAGUGCAGUUGUACAAUUCCCACACCACCUCAGAGUUUGACCUCCAGCGUGUCCACCCUCUCACCAGUCCUGACCUCCUCAACCACCUCCGGUCUGUCCACGCCCCACCCUUGCUUCACUGGCUGGUCAGGCUGGGUCAACAAAAACUCCCCAGUUGGAACAGAUGGAGACUUUGAGCUGAUGACCACACCAGAGCUGCAGUCCUUCUGUCCAGGUGGCAAGAUCACAGAGAUUGACUGUGUGGACGCCGACACGCUAGAUGGGUAUGAGAGCUUGGCUGAGGCAACUUGCACUUUAGAAGAUGGUCUACAGUGUGCUAACAAUCCUUUCCUAGAUGUUCCUUGUCAUGACUACAAGGUCAGAUACAAAUGUGACUGUUCUUCUGUGACCACAACUCUGGCCCCUAACACAAUCUCAAGCCAGUCUGUAUCAAGUCAUGUGAUCACACCAUCCCCCACACCAGUUCACCAAUGUGCUUCUGGCUGGUCAGCUUGGGUCAACAAAAACAACCCAGUGGGCAGUGACGGAGACACAGAGAAGAUGACCAAAGAAGAGCUGGCAGCCUUCUGUCCAGGUGGCACCAUCUCCGGCAUCCAGUGCAUAGACUCCGACACCAAGGAUGACUUCACCAGCUUGUCUGAGGCCACUUGCACCAUUGAGGAUGGUCUGGAGUGUAUCAACAUUCCUUUUGAGGGCAUCCCACCCUGCAGGGACUACCAAAUCAGAUACGAGUGUAACUGUACAGGUGCACCUACCCUGCCUCCCAGCACUUCAACAACAAAGUCCUCCACACCUGUGGUCAGUACCCCCACACCAGUUCAAGUUCUGACCUGUGCAACUGGUUGGUCAUCAUGGAUCAACAGAAACGACCCGACUAAAGGCACUGGUGACUAUGAGAAAUGGACUGUUGAAGAGAUGGCACAGUACUGCCCAGGUGGUAAACUCACUGAUAUAGAAUGUAAAGACUCUGACACAAAGGACGACUACACCAGUUUGUCUGAGGCCACAUGUACUGUAACAGAAGGACUUGAGUGUGAGAACCUUCCAUUUGAUGGGGUACCACCUUGCAGAGACUAUGAGAUCAGAUACAUGUGCAACUGCUCAGAUGCACCCACAAUUCCACCAACAACAAGGACAUCCUCAUCUUCCCCUGCAGUCAUGAUCCACCAAAGCUCAACAACCAAAUCUCCACCAGUUUGUACGUCUCAGUGGUCAGACUGGAUCAACAAGAAUGACCCCACCACUGGCACUGGAGACACUGAGAAACUGACCAAAGAAGAGCUGGAAGCUUUCUGCCCUGGUGGUAAAAUUGUUGACAUAGAGUGCAAGGACUCUGACACUAAAGAUGACUACACCAGUUUAGCUGAGGCCACAUGUACUAUUGAAGAUGGACUUGAUUGCCAGAACCUUCCAUUUGAUGGCAUCCCUCCUUGUAGAAACUAUGAAAUCAGAUACAAGUGUAACUGCUCAGAUGCCCACCCUCCCACACCAAGCCCUGACAGUCAUGUGACACCAACCAGGUCCCCCACCACUGGGGUCUCACACAUCACCCCCACCCCCUCACCAAGUGCUGGACUUCACGGUAUCCCCACCAAUGGCCCCACCCACCAGUGCGUCACAGGCUGGUCCUCUUGGAUCAACAAGAACAACCCUGUGGGAAGUGACGGGGACACGGAGAAAAUGACACCCCAAGAACUUGAAGCUUUCUGCCCUGGUGGAAACAUCAUUGACAUAGAGUGUAAGGACUCUGACACUAAAGAUGACUACACCAGUUUGUCUGAGGCCACAUGUACUGUAACAGAAGGACUUGAGUGUCAGAACCUUCCAUUUGAGGGCAUCCCACCCUGCAGAGACUAUGAGAUCAGAUACAUGUGCAACUGUUCCAAUGCUGUACCAGACCCUCUGACCACCAAAACACCUGGCAACAAGACGCAGGUCAACUGUGACUGGUCACAGUGGCUGAAUGGUGACAGUCCCCUGUCAGGCAGCGGAGACCUGGAGACUAUCAACGACAUCAAGAACAAGUUCGGCAUUUGUCCAGACAUAGUGGACAUUGAGUGUCGUGUCGCUGGGACCUCGACCUUGUUCUCACAGGCUGGACAGGACAGGCUCAUGUGUGAUGCACUUAAUGGCUUUAGGUGCUACAACAGUGAACAGAGCAAUGGACAAUGUCUUGAUUACGAGGUUCGGGUCCUCUGUUGGGGACUGCAGUGCCCAGGUGCCAUACCAACUAAAAGUCCAACACCAUCAACCACGCCUUCUACUGAUGAAGCUAAGAGAACUACAGGUUCCUGCCCACCAGGUGAAGAAUGGCAGAAAUGUGCCUAUAAAUGUGAUGAUGCCUGUGACUACCUGGCCAGAGCCUCGGGCUCUUGUAAUGGCAUUUUGUCACCAGAGGACAACUGUGUACCAGGCUGCAGAACCCCACCUGAACUUGAUCAUGUGACCUGCAAGCCCAAUGAGAGGCUCAUUAACUCAACCACUUGCGUACCUCAAGAAAUGUGUACUUGUCUUAAGCCUGAUGGAACCCCAGCUCAGGCCUUUGAAACCUGGGACAACCCAGAGAAGGCCUGCUCUACCUGCAGUUGUUUCAAUAACGCAGUAAUCUGUGGCAGUUCAGAAGGCUGCACCACUGUGCAACACUCAACAGAUGUCACCCAUGUGCCUACACCCAUGUUGUGUGGAUGGAGUGACUGGAUCAAUGACAACUCUCCAAGUGCCGGAUCUGGUGGUGACAUGGAACUGCUGGCUACAUUAAGACCAAAAUACAACCUUUGUCUGAACCCAUCACGAAUACUCUGCAGAGAUGUGACCACAAAGAGGGAAGCAUCCGACAGUGGUCAAGUGGUCACCUGCAGUUUAACUGAAGGCCUUAAGUGCUAUGACCAUCUAAACACUGGAAAAUGUCACGAUUAUGAAAUUAGUGUUUACUGUGGCUGUAUACCAACUCCCCCACCAACUAUAGUCAACAACCCAACUCCAUCACCAAGUGUAAACAUAAAUGGAGUGCCCACAUCUGGACCUCACCUGUGCACCACUGGCUGGUCAGACUGGAUCAACAGAAAUGACCCAGCACUGGGCACGGGUGACACAGAGAAGAUGACCAAAGAGGAGUUGGAGAAAUUCUGUCCAGGUGGAGACAUCGUUGAAAUAGAGUGCAAGGACUCAGACACUAAAGAUGACUACACCAGUUUAGCUGAGGCCACAUGUACUAUUGAAGAUGGACUUGAUUGCCAGAACCUUCCAUUUGAUGGCAUCCCACCUUGUAGAAACUAUGAAAUCAGAUAUAAGUGUGACUGUUCAAAAGUGACAACUCAUGCACCCACACCAGCAGGAAAUACACAUCCAGUUGGCAACUUCUUAAAUCCUGCAUGUGGAUGGACAGAUUGGAUGAAUGGUCAAAAACCCAACAGUUUGGGAGAGGAAGAAAGCAUUACUCAGUUGCGCAUGAUGUAUUCCUUCUGCGAUACAGCAGACAUUACAGCACUGGAAUGUAGAGAUGCUGCAUCAAAGAAGACUUCUCAGGAGUUAGGACAGGUAUCAGUUGUGUGUGACUUAGCCUUUAGUGGUCUAAAAUGCUUCAGUCAUGACCAACCAACUGGCCAGUGUAAAGAUUAUGAAGUGAGGUUUUUGUGUGAGCCACAUAAUGUGAACUGUGAUGUCACACCAACCCAUGUGGUCACUCUCUCACCACCAACUCACACAACAUCCAUUCCAGUGCCAGCCUGUGAUACAACAUCAAAUGAUGCCAAGCCAAUUCCAGUCCAAGAUUCCCAGAUCACAGUGUCCAGCAGCUUGUCCGACUUCACUGGCCCUGACCGUUCUCACAUUGACACCCCACAAGAGGCCGUUGGCUCUGGUGGCUGGGUGGCCAAAGACAAUGACCAGAACCAGUGGAUCAAAUACACCUUCAGUGAACCUCUGCAGGUGAUGGGCAUCACCACACAAGGUCGCGCUGCCUCCACACAGUGGGUGGAGCAGUACAAGGUCAUGUAUUCUGAGAACGGCAUUGACUUCCAUUACAUAGAGACUUCACCAGGUCAGACAAAGAUCUUUACUGCUAAUACUGAUUCCAACACAAAACACACAGAGGUCAUUUCACCAAUCUCAGCCAAGAUAGUCAUCAUUCAACCUGUGACAUGGCACAAUGGCAUUUCAAUGAGAGUUGCUGUACUGGGUUGCCUGGGAUCUGAAACUUUGACACCAAUGCCUCCAUCACAGUGUGUCUCUCGCUGGUCAGACUGGAUCAACAAGAAUGACCCCACCACUGGCACUGGAGACACUGAGAAACUGACCAAAGAAGAGCUGGAAGCUUUCUGCCCUGGUGGUAAAAUUGUUGACAUAGAGUGCAAGGACUCUGACACUAAAGAUGACUACACCAGUUUAGCUGAGGCCACAUGUACUAUUGAAGAUGGACUUGACUGCCAGAACCUUCCAUUUGAUGGCAUCCCACCUUGUAGAAACUAUGAAAUCAGAUACAAGUGUAACUGCUCAGGUGUAGUGAUCCCCUCCCCAAGUCCUGUAGUUCUCAUCAAUCCCACAUCAACACCAGUGGCUGCUAUCACUCAACCACCAACUACACAAGCUCCAGUGGCACAGUGUGUCUCUCAGUGGUCAGACUGGAUCAACAAGAAUGACCCCACCACUGGCACUGGAGACAGUGAGAAACUGACCAAAGAAGAGCUGGAAGCUUUCUGCCCUGGUGGUAAAAUUGUUGACAUAGAGUGCAAGGACUCUGACACUAAAGAUGACUACACCAGUUUAGCUGAGGCCACAUGUACUAUUGAAGAUGGACUUGACUGCCAGAACCUUCCAUUUGAUGGCAUCCCACCUUGUAGAAACUAUGAAAUCAGAUACAAGUGUAAUUGCUCAGAUGUGAAGAUCCCCUCCCCUAGUCCUGUGGUUCACAUCAAUCCCACAUCAACACCAGUGGCUGCUAUCACUCAACCACCAACUACACAAGCUCCAGUGGCACAGUGUGUCUCUCAGUGGUCAGACUGGAUCAACAAGAAUGACCCCACCACUGGCACUGGAGACAGUGAGAAACUGACCAAAGAAGAGCUGGAAGCUUUCUGCCCUGGUGGUAAAAUUGUUGACAUAGAGUGCAAGGACUCUGACACUAAAGAUGACUACACCAGUUUAGCUGAGGCCACAUGUACUAUUGAAGAUGGACUUGACUGCCAGAACCUUCCAUUUGAUGGCAUCCCACCUUGUAGAAACUAUGAAAUCAGAUAUAAAUGCAACUGUUCUAAUGCUGGCAAGGUCGUCACACCACAAAUUUCUCAUGUUACCACAACUGUACCUUCAACCACCGUGCGCACCACAACCAAACUGACCACGACUCACUCAUGCGCCACUGGAUGGUCAUCAUGGAUCAAUAAAAACAGCCCAGUGGGCAGUGAUGGAGACACAGAGAAGAUGAGCAAAGAGGAACUGGCUCAGUUCUGUCCAGGAGGAACCAUCAGUGACAUUCAGUGCAUAGACUCUGAUACCAAGGAUGACUUUACCAGCUUGUCUGAGGCUACUUGUACAAUUGAAGAUGGCCUGUCAUGCACUAACCUUCCAUUUGAAGGCAUCCCUCCGUGCAGAGAUUACCAGAUUAGAUACAUGUGUACCUGUCCAGGUUCAAGAAAGAAACGAGAGUUAUCUAUUCUUCCUGAUCCCACUGCAAGAGUUAUGUCACACUCAAAUAUUCCAGCCAAAUGUCUAGAGGACAUGGGAGUAAUGACAAGACGAGUGCGCAACAACAUGAUCUCAGUGUCGUCAUACAGAGAUGACAAGCAUGGGCCACACACAGCCCGGCUUGGGUCAACAGGCUGCUGGCUAGCAAAGACUGAUGACACAAAUCAAUUCAUCCAGAUUGAUUUCCUGGUGCCUGUUUACCUGACUGGAGUAACCACCCAAGGAAGGCCUGAUGCUCCAUCCUUUGUUACAUCAUACAAAAUCUUCUACAGCUCAGAUGGUGUCAACUGGAGUCCUUACAGGGAGACAAUCGGAUUUGAUUUUAUUUUCAAAGGCAAUGCUGACUCUCUGACUCCAGUGAAAAACAUAUUUACUCACCCAGUUCAUGCCAGAUUUUUACGUAUAAAUCCACAAACAUGGCAAGGCAGGAUAGCUAUGAGAAUUGAAGCUCAUGGCUGCUAUCAAGAUUACCCUAUUGUGAUACCAAAAACAACAGUUGGAGAAAAUCAACAUGCACUUGUAAAUGACAAGCAGCCCUCAGAGUUAUCAGAUUUACAUUUGAGUUGUGUCCAAUGGGAUAAAUGGGUUGAUACUAAUGAACCCAGCCGUAUUAUUAAACACGAGAUUGAGCCACUGAGUGACAUUGUUAAAGCUUCACCUACUUGCAAAGAUCCAAUAGCCAUUGAGUGCCGUACCGCCACACCUGACCAUCGCCCAGCCAAGAGUACUGGUCAACAUGUACGCUGCAACUUAUGGGAAGGAUUAUUGUGUAACAGCACAUUAAUAAAAGAACCAAUAUGUUAUAACUAUGAAUCACGGCUUGGCUGUUUGAAACCCACACCAGAAUGUGCAUCAAAAAUGUUCAUACAAAAACGGAAAACAUCAAGUAAGAACAAAGUUCAACCACCGUUAAUGUGCUACCCUGGAUUAAACUCUAAAGGCUGCCCUCGCUACUGUGCUGAAGGCCAGUAUUGUAAUGGUACAGCCUGUGUUAUGAAGAAGGAUUGUCCUUGUAGUGUGGACAAUAAAGUUGUUAAAUCUGGAGGUGUCACACGUAAUGCAAAAUGUGAAACUUGUCAAUGUAUUGGUGGAGAAAUUGUCUGCAUGGCCAAAGUUUGUCCUUCAUGUAGAACUGGAGUUUCUAGAAUAGAUAAAGCAACUUGUAGUUGUAAAUGUGAGCACUGCGGAGACAAAGAGUUCCAAUGUGGUACUGGACUCUGCAUCCCUAGCUUCAAACGUUGUGAUGGUGUUAUUGACUGUGUGGAUGACGAGCUGAGAUGUGAAAACAAGACAAGAUUGUUGCCACGGUGGGAAAGAAAGCCACAACAUAAAUUGACAAAACUUUCUGCCACUAAAGACUUAUGUGCAAAUGUUGUCUGCAAGCCCCCAUCAAUGCCCAGUCUUACAGAAGGACAGACUGCAACCCUGCAGAAAACAGAAGACGGCUGCUGCCAAGAAUAUAUUGUCUGUGAUGCCAAACUUUGUCCUCUUCAGUCAACAUAUUGUCCUUUCCCCAAAGUAUUGGUCAAAACACAAGACAAAUGCUGUCCAACAUAUAAUUGUGAUUGUCCAUCCCAGUGUCCUGAAGUUAAGGAACCAAAUUGUGCAGAUGGCUAUGAACCUAUUGAAAUAGUGCAAGAAUGCAAUUGUAUGACAAAGGCUUGCAGUAAAAAGUCAGCGUUUUCUUUGACUGGCUCAUGCAAACCACAGUCCAUGUUUCAAAACAGCAACCAGACCAUAGGAUAUUUCCAACGCAUACCACGUAGUGGUGUUGUUUGUCGCAACACAGAGCCCAUAGCAAAUCUCCAAGAGUGUUCAGGUCUGUGUGGGUCUACAGCACGCUAUGCUGAGGACUUGCAAGGAUUCCAGAACAGCUGGCAGUGUUGCAGACCUAGUAAAACACACCAGCGCACAGUUAGGCUAACCUGUUCAGAUGGUUCAUAUUUAGACCAGCAGUUCGAAGCACCUGAUGCAUGUAGCUGUGCCCAAUGCUCUGGUGGAGCUUAAAAUAAACUAUAGGACGAUGACUGGAUUUUAACUAGGACGUUCGUUGUUGCUAAUUGUUGAUCUGUUGUUACAUGAAAAUUUAAUAUAUUGUAAUAUUUUUAUACUUGUAAUCAAUAAAAAAAAUUCCUCCCAUUUGUAUUUUUAUAUAACUAAUUUUUAUAAUUCAUUUGUUUAUCUGUAUGGCUUUAAAGCUAAUGUAACUUAAUCAUUAAUACUUUACCAUUUAUUUAAUCAGACCAUUUGUGUUAGUAAUUAAACAUGUUUCUAACUUUAAAAGUAAAUAUACUGAAGCUAACAUUUAUUUCAUAAAAGUAUAUAACUAACCGUAUUGUCUUUAUAUGAAAAAAAAUUAUAAAUUAUCUACAUUUAAAGAAAUUGAAAUACUGUUUAAAACUAAUGCAAAUAUAUUUGUUGAUACUGCUUUUCAAUAUUUACUACUUCAAGAUAAAAUUGACAAUAAAUUAUUAAAAUUAGACAGUAACAUACCCUUCUCUAUAUAUCAGAUGUUGCAAAUGACCUUGUAAAAAGAGUUUGUAAUAAGAUUUUUCUGAUAAGAUUUUCAUCUUUUUAAUGUUCAAAUUAAUUGCUUUUCAGUCAAUACAAAAGACAAAUGACAUGUAUUUUACUGCCAAAGGAGGAAAUAAAAAAUUAUGAAUAUGUAUACAAUGAAAA